UACUAACAUUCUGAAGAAACCUGUGAACCUAGGAAGUUGCGGUCAUGUCUUCUGUCUAACUUGUGUAGGCCAUUGUGUUGGCGCAGCUUGCCCAAUAUGUCAGGUGCCAAUCACUAAACAGGAUGUGAAAAUAAACAGGAAACUGGACAACAUCAUCAAACUCUACAGCAAAUUGCAAACUCUGCAGGACAAGGACUUCUCAGAGUGUGAAGAUAACUCGCCUGCUUUGGGAAAGAAAGUUGGAGAGGCAGAAACUAAAAGGAAACAAAUCAAAAUGAGUUUCAGUCCUCGCAGUAGGAGGAUGAAAUUCACCCUGAAGACCAGCCCAAAGAAAUUAGAGCAGCUGAAGGAAUCUGUCAAGGACAGGGAGUCUUGUAACUUAGCCUCCAUCUAUGACUUUGUUUCUUCACCUCCUCAUGAGAAGCCUUUCAGAGAGGAACAGACACCUAAAUGUCACAAAACAGAAGAGGGGACCGUCCGCCGGAAGUCACGAUUGCUGAAAAAGGCCUCCCAGCAGCCGCCCGGGAAUUCUGUGGCGGCCUUUCCCAUGACGGACUCUACAGUUUCUUCCCCAUCUCUGCCAUUUCCUGGAAUAACAUCUCCCCGAAGGAACUUGGAAGACUUCGCAUGUGCCAGAGAUCCAGAACAUCCAAAAGUGUCCAGAAGUUGUGAAGAAAGGGAGGCAUUCCUCAAGAAAUUUCCCAAAAACUUAUCAGCCAAGAGAAACCAUAAAGGGGAGACUUUGCUCCAUACUACUUCUAUUGAGGGUAAUCUUUCUGCUGUUGAAUGCUUGUUGAAAAAGGGAGCUGAUCCCAACAUUAAAGAUUAUGCUGGUUGGACACCGCUG